AAAUUCGUACACCGUACAUUUUUAUGUACACUUUUGUAAUUUGUGUGUUAUUAAAUGUGUGACAAAGGUGAUUCUCAAGAUGGCACAUGUCCUAAACGCUCCGUCGUAUAUGUUUACAGUCCUGAAUACAUUGAAACUUGUGACUCCUUAUCAAAAGUCCCAAACCGGGCAAGUAUGGUACAUUCCCUGAUUGAGGCGUACGGUUUAUUGCAACACAUGAGAGUUGUGAAGCCUCAUGUAGCAUCAAUGGAAGAGAUGGCAGUGUUUCAUACAGAUUCAUACCUGGAGCAUCUGCACAAAAUCAGCCAGGACGGAGACAACGAUGACCCCCAGUCUGUUGACUUUGGAUUAGGUUAUGACUGCCCAGUGGUAGAGGGUAUCUUUGACUAUGCAGCGGCAGUUGGAGGAGCCACGCUGACGGCUGCCCAGUGCCUAGUUGAAGGAAAGUGUGACGUUGCCAUCAACUGGGCAGGAGGCUGGCAUCACGCCAAGAAGGAUGAAGCAUCUGGAUUCUGCUACGUGAAUGACGCCGUCCUGGGCAUCCUCAAACUGAGGGAGAAGUACGAACGAGUGCUCUAUGUGGACGUGGACCUUCACCAUGGCGACGGGGUGGAGGACGCUUUCAGCUUCACGUCCAAGGUCAUGACGGUGUCUCUGCACAAGUUCUCUCCCGGUUUCUUCCCAGGUACGGGAGACGUGAGCGACACGGGGCUGGGAAAAGGUCGGGGUUACGCUGUAAACGUCCCUCUGGAGGACGGGAUACGGGACGACCGCUACCUACAGGUGUUCACCAGUGUUAUGCAGGAAGUAAAAGCCCAGUUUAACCCGGAAGCCGUCGUGAUGCAGCUGGGGGCGGACACCAUGGCGGGUGACCCCAUGUGUUCCUUCAACAUGACCCCCGUGGGCGUUGGCAAGUGCCUACUCCACAUACUGCAAUGGGAGUUACCCACACUUCUGCUUGGAGGAGGGGGUUAUAAUCUUGCCAACACUGCCCGUUGUUGGACCUACCUAACGGGGACAGUCUUGGGACAAACGCUGGCUUCAGAGAUACCCGACCACGAGUUCUUCACGGAAUACGGUCCGGAUUAUUCCCUGGAGAUAAGCCCAAGCUGCCGACCUGACCGCAACGAGAGCCAACAGCUGGACCGGGUCAUCAGUACCAUCAAAGGGAAUCUAAAGAAUGUAGUUUAGGACUGGGCUCUCAGCUCAUGUUUCCAAAUCAGGCCUGUUCGCCUAAUGAAGACAGUAUGUGGGAGCCAUCGCCAGAGGGGGGAGGCUUUGGAAAACAUUACUUGAAU